UUUAAGGCGGGUGGGGGGGGGCGCCAGGAGUGAGGCCGGGCUUGCGUGCUCGGCGGGGCAGAGGCAGAGAGAGAGCGAGGAGGGCCGGGGCGAUGGCGGAGAAGCGCGUGUCCCGCUGGUACUUCGGGGGCCUGGCCUCCUGCGGGGCCGCCUGCUGCACCCACCCGCUCGACCUGCUCAAGGUCCAUCUGCAAACUCAGCAGGAAGUGAAGAUACGCAUGACAGGCAUGGCUGUGCGUGUGGUCCGCAGUGAUGGCUUUCUGGCACUUUACAAUGGAUUGAGUGCCUCCCUUUGCCGGCAGAUCACGUACUCCCUCACUCGCUUUGCCAUCUAUGAGACUGUGCGAGACCGCUUGAGCCGGGGUGCCGAGGGGCCCAUGCCUUUCUACCAGAAGGUGUUGCUAGGUGCAGUAGGAGGAUUCACUGGUGGGUUUGUGGGGACCCCGGCUGAUAUGGUGAAUGUCAGGAUGCAGAAUGACAUGAAACAGCCAGCUCAUCUGAGGCGCAACUACUCACAUGCCUUGGAUGGCUUGUACCGGGUGUUUCGUGAAGAAGGAUUAAAGAAAUUGUUUUCUGGAGGAACAAUGGCAUCAAGUCGAGGGGCCUUGGUUACUGUUGGACAGCUCUCCUGCUAUGACCAGGCUAAGCAGUUGGUUCUUGGGUCCGGUUUGCUGUCAGACAAUAUUUUCACCCAUUUUCUAGCCAGCUCUAUUGCUGGAGGAUGUGCCACAUUCCUCUGUCAGCCUUUGGAUGUGCUGAAGACGCGAAUGAUGAAUUCCCAGGGUGAAUAUCGGGGUGUUAUGCACUGUGCACUGGAAACUGCCAAGCUUGGGCCGCUGGCUUUUUAUAAGGGCCUUGUUCCUGCUGGCAUUCGCUUGGUCCCUCACACUGUGCUUACCUUCGUCUUCCUGGAGCAGCUACGCAAGCACUUUGGCUACAAAGUGGUAGACUGAGGGUGAAAUAGCCUGCUUGGUUAGAGAUGCAAAAGAUGAGGGACUGCAGCCUGGGAAGUGGGGUCCCACAAAGCUCAGGUGCAUGUGCCAUUCCUUGUCAAGGUACAACAGUCUUAAUGAAGGCCUCUUCAGUGCCAUGGCAUGAGUUGAACUCUCAAAGAAUGCCCCUUUUUAGUGCCUAACCAUCUCAGGAAUAUGAGCCAACCUGUCAAUAUUCUUUGGUGCCUAAUGUUGUAGCAGCCAACCAGUCAAAAAUUUCUCCUCUAGUGCCCAAUAGCAAUGAGUGCCCACUCCUCUCAUGUCUUUCUCCUAUGCCCAGCCAUCAUUUAAUUCCUUCUGUACCAUCAGCAUCACAGUGCCACCCCCAGUACUGCGUCCUUGCUGAUCCACAGCAUUCCACAGUAACAUCUGGUCAUCCUGCAAUGCCAUUGUCUUAAAGCCAGCAUUCCAGCAAUGCCUCUGCUUUAUUUAUUUUGCAACCCUACCAUAAUGCUCUUCUACUGUAUUGUGCCAUAUUGCUCUCUCUAGUGUAGCACCAUGAUUAGUAAGUUGUCUCACCCAAUGGGCCAUACCUUUUCUUUUCUACCUCCUCGGUCACUUUUUUUUGCUAUUUUUUGGGGCGGGGAAGGUACUAACUUCCUCCUAUUCAUGUAACAUUUUCUCGAGCAAAAAUGUUCCUUGUCCACAGGAGAAGCAAAAUCAUAAUCGCUUUCCUUUAAAAUGUUUAUGAUUAUAGUGAAUUUGCGAGUAGGAAUCCUUUGUCCUCCCAUGACUCAGAUUUGUAAACAAUUUUAUUAAAACACUGCUUCCUUGUCUCCUCCCUUGUUCCUACUUCAGUGUCCUCUCACCACCAUAGCCUAUAACCUGAGGAACAGGAAGUCCCUUCCGUUUGCAUUCUGUGACUGGAAGCAACUGGGUCAGUCAAGUCCCCUCCUGUGUCAAACCUUGCAUCUCUUGUUGCUUUCAUUUGCCUGUUUCAUCAUCUAGACCUUGUUCAGCCAAAGCCUCAUGAAACCAAAGGGACCUACUGAGGCUUCAGUCACAGAUAGUGACAAAUUGGUACUUCUGAGGUGCCAUUAGUGAGCAAGAGUUAAGCUUUCCUCUAAUAUUUUUCUCUAACAGUGGGGGGAAAGGCCCUAUUUGGUUUAAGGUGGGCAAGCUUGUUCUGAUGCCUACCCUCUGCUCUUGCGGUUCCUCUGAGCCAUAUAAAGAAAGCCUAGUAGACUGGGAUCUCCCCAAGUUGUCUUGUUUUCAUUGUGAUGUUGAGAAAACUCUGCUGUACACUGGAUUACUUUUUUUUAAUGUAUCUGGCUCUGACCCACUAAAGCCUUGCCUAAUGAAGCAAUUCUAGAAGCAAUUCUGUUGUCUGUCCCGCCUUGUAGCUGGCUUGUGUUCACCACCUGCUCACCCAUCAGCAGGUGGGCAAAGCGUCAUUCCAGAGGGUGGUGACUUGGCGGGCACCAAGAGCCAGGACCCAGCACUUUUGUAAUUAUGACAAUAAAAUAGUAGUUCAAA